GAAAUCAUGACGGAGGCCACGCAUUCACACCCUUCUGAAAGUGAACAGGAAUCCCUUGUGACCAAAGAACCAGACCAUGGCAUUCAGCUAGAUCCAGCCUUUGUAGACAGGCUGAAGAUAGCUGCUGCAACUGCAAUAGUCAAGCAGAAACCACCCUCCAUGUCUGGCAAGGACUAUGCAAAACAGCUGGCUGAGAGGCUAAGAAGGAAAGAAGAUUCAUGGAAAACAAAGACUAAAAAUCUGGAGAUGGAAUUACUGAAGACUCAGCAGGAACUCUUAUUAGCUAAAACUAAAGCUUCUCCUCAUAACGACUUGAUUGAAAGAGAGGCAGUAAAUGCUUUCCACAGUGAGUCAGUCUCCGAUGAACCUGCAUUCUUAACUCCUCCUUCUUCAUCAGAAGAAUAUCAUAUUGAUCACCAGAUGGCGCUCUCCAGAAAUACAAAAUUUCUUCAUAGUCUCUCAACCCUAUCUGCAGUAAGCAAGACAGAAGGCAACAUCAAGGUGAUGGAAAGGUCAUCAGAGGUCAUAGUCAACAGUGUGAAAACUACAGUAGAAUAUAUCAUUGGAAAAUCAAAAGACAAAGUCCCAGGUCAUCACCUAUCAUCCCGGAUGCUCCAGAAGGCUGCUGAUGCUAUGGUGAAGACCUUGGAUACCAGGUUACCCCCAGGAUGCAAAGAUGAUGCUAUCUCUUUAAUAGGCAAGAUGGUUGAGAAUGUUCUAGAUGAUGUGAUGGAGAACUCCAAGAUAUGCAAUACAUACUGUCAGAGAGAAUCCUGUUGCAUCCUCCUCCGUCUCUCAAAAUCUUCACAUCUGCUUCCGACCAUCCUCACCUCCAUCCUGGAGAAAAUUGAAAAGGUAUCCAUCUCCCUCCGCAACAUCCGUCUCCAUGGCAACUGCAUGGAUGUGCAGCUCCUUGAGAACUCAUUCUUCCUCUUCUCAACAAUGGAAGAUAUUCUGGUUUCUAUACAGGCAUCAUCGCCAUCGUCGUCAGAUACAUUGUCGUCUAAAGGAAACACUCUGUUAAGCACAAAGGAAACACAUUCCCAGACCAGGACUAGCUCCAAUCAUCAUUCAACACAGAAUCCAUCUUCAGUUUGUGAUGAGGAUGAUAACACUAGUGAUCAGGACACAAGAGCGAAAUCUUUGAGAGGUAAGACUGGCAACCAAACACAAAAACUAAGCUUGGAUCAGGGCUUCCGGAUGAAUAUACAACAGAGAUUGGAGGACAGUCUUCUUCAUAUCUCCAACGACUUUCCUCUCUAUGCUCAGUAUGUAUGGAGGUUGACUGGAAUCUUGGAAUUAAUGAAUGUCUAGAGAUUGUAUUUUUUUAUGCACAUGUUAUGUCCGUUAUGACAUUCUAUUUCAUCUGUCCUUGCAAUCUUGAAAUGAUGUUUGACCGUAUCUUGCCCAUUUAUCAUUUGUUUUACCGCUGUAAUACACUUGGGAUAUUAAUUUAUCAUCUUUGCUUGUAAAAAGAAUACUCACAGAGAGCUCCAUUAAUUAAAAGCCAUGGAUUGUAUUCAAUAAUGAAAAGUGAAAAUUCUCACAUAUACAUUAAGUUCACAUUUCUCAAAAGUGGUCAUUUCAGGACUACAAGUAUGGUUGCUCAUUCAAUAAAUGCAAUUGAUGGAAGCUAUUGAAACAGCGCCACCAUGUGGUGACAUUUUUAAAACUUCUGAUAUACCACAUCACCCUAUUGUUUUAAUUUAGUUUUUGAUGAUGAUUUUGAAUUUAGAACAGUCUAUUUUACUGCAAUACUAUCAUGAAUAUACAUGUAGUUUCAAUAAUAUUAUUACCCUUUUAAACAUCAUGGUCAUCAUUAUCAUCAGAAUCCUGAUCACCAAAAUCUGUAUCAGAAUCAUCAACAUUAACAUAAAUCACAACCAUCUCCAUCUUCAUCAUAAUCUUCAUUAACCACCAUCAUCGUCAUCAUCAUCACCACCAUCAUCAUCAUCACCACCACCAUCAUCAUCAUCACCACCACCACCACCAUCAUCAUCACCAUCGUCAUCUUCAUCAUCACCACCACCACCAUCAUCAUCAUCAACACCACCACCACCAUCAUCAUCACCAUCAUCAUCUUCAUCAUCACCACCACCAUCAUCAUCAUUAUCAUCAUCACCACCACUACCAUCAUCAUUAUUAUUAUCAUCUUCAUUACCACCACUUCUACUAUGACUAUUAUUAUUAUCAUCAUCUUCAUCAUCAUUUCUCAUUAUUUGGACACAAAAUACAAGGGGCCACCAACUCUAUCUCAUGGACAUGAUGGUGCACAGCCCCUCCUCAGAAUUGAAUAAAGUCUACCAUGAAAUAAAAAAACAAAGCAGACAAAUCCAAUAUCAGGUGAUUAAAACUUUAAUAACCAAUGUCUGAACAACAAUACAAUUCCAUUUGUCACAAACUGGCAUGAAAUAUUUCCAGAGUCUGUCGAAAGAAGAAAAUAGUGAUACAUUCCUAUUCACAAACAAUCAUCACACCCGCUUUAAUUCUAUCAUAAUGGGAUGGCAAGUCCAGUCAAAAUUCUUGUAAGAAAUAAAUCGCACUGAAAUACA